GGGAAAAAGCGUUACCUAUCGCCGCAUACGCAAGCGAUGAGGUCAGAUCGUUCCCCCUUCGCCGCCUUCAACACACCGACGUCCUCCGCCUAUAAACCUUCCAUUUCAUAUCCACAAAUUCUGUAUUUCUUUCAAUCUCUCUCUCUCUCUCAAAAAAAUAUAUAUAGAAAAAAAUGUUAGGGUUAAGAUGCAAUGCCUGCAACAAAGAAUUCACCGAUGUAAAAAGUCAGAAGACCCAUUACAAGUCUGAGUGGCACCGCUACAACAUCAAACGCAAGAUUGCAGGGGUUCCAGGAGUGACAGAAGCGCUCUUCUUAGCCAGACAGUCCGCGCUAGCUAAAGAGAACAGUAAGCUGCACGAGACGCCUAUGCUGUAUACGUGUGGCCUAUGUGGCAAAGGAUAUAGAAGUUCAAAUGCUCAUGCUCAGCAUCUAAAAUCUAGGGUUCAUACAGCAUGGGCCUCUCAGGCUGAUCAUCAAAGUGAGAGUACUGCAAUAAUAAAGCCACUUCCGACCCGUGUGGCGAAUAAACUUCCCCAACACGACGAUGAAGAAAGUGAUGAAUGGGAGGAGGUUGACCAAGAUGUUGACUUAUUGUAUUCGAAUCAUAAUGAGAUGGAUGGAUCAUUAUCCUCUGAUGUGGAUAUGGAUGAAGGCGAAGAGGAGCUGGAUCCGACGUGUUGCUUUAUGUGUGACCAAGAGCAUAAAACUAUUGAAAGCUGCAUGAUUCAUAUGCACAAAAGUCAUGGUUUUUUCAUACCCGAUGUCGAGUAUCUGAAAGAUCCAUAUGGCUUUUUUACUUAUCUUGGACUCAAGGUGAAGCGCGAUUACAUGUGUUUGUAUUGCAGCAGUAGUUGCCAACCUUUCAACAGUUUAGAAGCGGUUAGGAAACACAUGGUGGCAAAAGGUCAUUGCAGAGUGCACUAUGGUGAUGGUGAUGAAGGAGAAGCUGAGCUGGACGAAUUCUAUGAUUAUAGCAGCAGCUAUGUAGAUGGAAAUGGGACGCAGCUCGCUACUCUUGAUGUCGGCGGUGACCGCAUAGAACUUGGAAGUGGUGGAUCUGAACUCAUUAUUACUAGAUCAACUGAUGAUGGAAUAUCUACAAAAGCAAUUGGUUCCCGGGGAUAUAUACGUUAUUAUCGUCAACAACCACGUCCAUCUCCAAAUAGCAUUGCCACUACAGCUGUGCUAGCUGCUAGGUAUAGGAGCAUGGGUUUGUCAACAGUGCAGUCGAAAGAGAACAUGGUGAGAAUGAAGGUGAUGAAUAGGUCAGGGGUAGAGACGAUGCGAUCCAAGAUAGGAAUGAAUAGUAAUGUCAUCCGUAAUCUUCCAAAGAAUGUUACACAUUAAAUCUUUAAUCUUCACAAGUUUGAGAUACUAGUGCCAGACUCCUUUUGUAUUUCCUAUUAGUCAUUAUAAAUGUACCAUUUGUUUUUAAAGGGAAUAUAUUUCACUAGUAAGUAGUAACCAAGUAGGAUGUUCAUGGGUCGGUUUUUAUACACUGCCACCUUGUAGAGGUGCGGGCGGGUAAAUGGAAGGAUGUCAUAAUCAAAUAUUUGUAACAUAUUGCAAAUUCACAAACAAAUUUUCUGCCGGGAUUUGUCUA